UCGAUGUCCUCGUGUAUUGAUCACGACAGGCAGUCUUUCCGCAGUCUUCUCCUGAAACUUGCAGCUUAGGGACGUAACGCCAUCGAUCAUUACUUAGAACCCUCCCGUAUUUGGGGUUUCACGCACCCGUUGAACCCGUCGAGAAGGAUAUAAGGGGAAAAAAAAUAUUACAAAGUUGGAAGUCAAUAGUGAGGCAAGAAAGCGGCCUUACGUGCGGGAGAAGUCCAGCCGCGCACAAUCUCGAUGGGGAAGCGAACGACGGUUAUUGUUGGGAAGCGUGCGAUCAACGAGAUGGCGAUACCAGUGCCCGCGCCGGCCGAAGCGGCUGCGGAAAUCGACAUUGGGAGCGUCUCGAAAGCGCAGAGGGAGUCGCGGCGUGUAUAUGCGCGCAAGAAGAAGCGGGUUUCUGAAGAAGAAAGAGGAAAAUCCUUCAAGAAGCAGAACUUCGCGAGCGGAGCUAAUAAUGAGGACGCGAAUAGUGGAAAAGCCCUAGUGGUUUACGAAGCCCCCGCGGGUUCUGAAUUAAAGGGUUCCGAAAACAUGGAUGUUGAAGACGAGCCGCGAGUUGAGAUCACUCCGUUAGCCCUUGUGCCUUUGGAAGAACCGAGGAAACAGGCGACGGAGUUGCGCAUGCUACACUCGUACUCGUUGUUAAUAACGAGUGAGUUUACAGCGGAGAUGAGGGAGAUGGCGGGAGGACCCGAAACGGCGAGAAUAACUCGCGCUGGGAGAAGGAAGGCGACGGAAGGGAGAGAAGUUGGAGGAGUGGGAAGCGGUGCUGGAGGAAGUAGUGGGGGGGGAGAAGUAAGGAUGGAGUGGGUGGGUAAGGAAGUGAGGAAGGGGCUGGGAAGGAAGGGAAAGGGGAAGGUAUCAACUCGUGACGUAUCGGUGGCGGGAGGCAGUGACUGGGAGACGGAGCGUGAGAAAGCGGAGAGGGAGCGCAAGGAAGCGGACAAGGAGCGCGAGGAAGCGGGCAAGGAGCGCGAGGAAGCGGAGGGUGGGCGAGAGGAAGCGGAGGCGGAGGCCUGGGGUAAAUCAGAGUCGAAAGUGGUGCUGGGGGAGGUGGUAGAGACGGCAGAGGCGGUAGAGGCGGAGGAAGUGGUACAAGCGGAGGAGGUGGAGCGGGCAGGUGCGGCGUUAGAGGCGGAGGAGGCGGUAAAGGCGGAGGAGGCGGAGGAGGCGGAGGAGGUGGAGCGUGCAGUUGGCAAAGAUGUUCACUAUGAGGCGCCUAAAAACGCGGCGGUAGAGGCGGUAGUGGCGGUAGAGGCGGAGGAAAUGGCGGAAGGGUUGGGCAAGCGGCCAGGCCCGGAAGGGAAGAUGGGGCUUCAGGAAAUGGGAGGCGCGCGGAAGCAGGCCAGGGAGCUGCGCAUGCUGCACUCGUCGUCGUUGCUGAUGGCGUUGGGAGCCGGGGGACGGAGGCGGUGUCUGCGCCGGCAGCAGCAGGCGGCGGAGGUGGCGCGCAUGGGCGGGGAGUACCUGGGGGGGGACGGGUACGAGGACCUGGACCACUUUUUUGUGUUCGAGCACGACAAGUACGACCGCGAGGACUUCGUUUCUGCGCUCGCUGAAGGCAGCCUGAGGGAAUACCCCUUCCCCCGCCCCGUGCCCUUCCCCUCCCCCUUCCCUGGUGAUCCCAGCCCGAGAGAGUUCCCCUUCCCCUUCCCUGACGUGGGAGCAGGGAGGGCUGCUUCCCUUUGAGGUACUCAACUGCAUCAUGGAAGGGGGGGGAGAGUGGGGGAGGGGGAGGUAGCGCGCAUGGGCAAGGAGUACCUGGGGGGGGACGGGUACGGGGACCUGGACCACCUCUUAGUGUUCGAGCACGACAAGUACGACUGCGAGGACUUUGUCUCUGCACUUGCUGAAGGCAGCCUGUGGGAAUAGCCCUUCCUCCACCCCAUGCCCUUCCCCUCCCCCUUUCCCCUCCCCCCUUCCCCCUUCCGCCUCCACCCUUCCGCCUUCCCCCUUCCCCCUUCCCCCUUCCCCCUUCCCCCUGCCCUGCCUUCCCUCUCUCAAUACUGUCAAUUUGCUAUCCUGAUGGGGUCUGUCUAGAGUUUGGAACCCUUGCACGCCCCUUUCCCUCUUGCUCCUUGUUGAUAACUAGCGUAGCUGCCCCUUGCUGCCUUGCUUGACAGGUGGCCAGAGACAACCGAGUGUAACACGUUUGCAUCAUUGAUCAUGUUAACUUAUU